AUGGCGCUACACCUCUUCUCCCGGGUCGUUUCCUCCUCCUCCACCUCCCACUCCGACGGACAGGAUCAGCAUGCAUCUGAUCACCACGCGCUCAUCCAGGCCAUCCGCGCUCUUCACCCGGCCUACAAGCCCAGCUCCGUCAGGCGGCUGUCUACCUUCAUCUCACCCUUUGUUGUCCCUGCUCAUCCCGGCCGUCCAGAGGAAGAAGACGAGGUGAUCGAAUUGCCUUCAUCUUCCGCUGCAUCAUCCUGCUCCUCCUCGUUCUCCUUGCCGUCGGUCUCCCACUCGGACCCGUGCCAACAGCGACCACGGGUCAGCGCCACUACCAUCGCCCAGGUCCGCCAACAUCUGGCCAAGGUCUGGCAUCUGCCAGAGAACAGGAUUCAGGCCCUGCUCGUCUCGACCGCCUGCCUCGACGAAGCCCAGCUAGAUCAGGAGUGGAUCUACAUCGUUGAAGAUCAGGACUGGAUCGCCUUCACACAAUGUCUCAGCAGCAGGACAACACAGGUGGCGGAACGGCAAGAGCCGAAAAUCAAGGUCGACAUCGUACUUUCCUCUGUUGCAUGCGAUGAAGCGCAAGCGAGCCGCGCAGGCAGCAACACGGACGCACCAUACCCUCGAACGCCAUCAUCCACUACGUCUACGCCGGGCGUAGGACCGCGCAACGCCCCCAGCACCAAUUUUGACGACCCAGAGGAAGUCGCCCCCGGUCUCUCUUCAGCUCCCGGUCGCGCGGACAGCGACGCGUCACAAUUACCGUCAGCAUCAUUGCCCCCCUUGAUCACUGCGCUCGCCGCUGCAUCGGCCGGCAUGGACCUUGCCAGCGGCAUCGUCUCGUCUUUGGGUGGACUGGCGAGAUCGGUCUCGCUGCAAGCCGAUCAGAUGCGAAGCACACGCUUCGCAUCUAGCCAAGAGCCGCAAUCCGCAUCUGGUACGACGCAUAACCAGCCUCAGGACUCGGCUGAGCUCGCAGCUCCUUCCAUCAGCGUCGUUUCAGAGAGGCAAAGACUUGAGGAGAUUCCCUUUGUCCGGCAAGCUGCCGGCUUGUCGCCAGUCAGUGAGACAAUCGCGGACCCGGUCUCCGAUGGAGGAGAGCAACCCGAGACCUUCGAAGCGAGCCCGUCACUGUUGGCUGGACUGAGCGCCGAGCUCGCCGCUAUGCGCUCUGCCCGAGUAGCCUCGUCAUCUACCUACGAGCGGCCUGCGGCCUCCCAGCCGCCGCGCCGGCUCGAAAGCCGCAGCCGCAGUCGCAGUCGAGGCAGGUCCCUCCUAUCAAGCACCAUUUCCCUUCUCGCUCUCCUUCUCUUCCUCUUUGCGAUCACGUCGCCCGUCGACGCAUCGCCUUCGCCUCCCGCAGUACAGCUUUCUUCUACCCCUCUGAUCGAGGCGACGAUGGCCAAACGGUCGCCUCCCCAGCACCUAUGCAAAUGCACGUGCUUCUCGACCAACUCAACCCUCGUUCCCAUCUUUGCCCCCGCCGAUCCUGCGAAGCCCUGCCUCACCUGCACGCGCCAGUUCUGCAUCGACCAAGGCCUCGAAAUUUGCAAGGGUGCCCGCAUCGCUCCCACCGACGGCGAUACGGGGACGGGAUGGGAGGGCGACGUCUGGGCAAAGUGUUUCGAGCGAGAUGACUACAAAGACCAGUCCAUCAUCCUCCUCUACCUAAUCACCGUCGUAGGACUGGUGGCCGUCACUGUCCUGCGAGGGAGGGUCAGAGGCUGGUACGAAGAGUACCGCUCCGCCGGCCCGCGCGGACUGUUCAAUGCCGUGGCAAACGCUCCAUGGAGGACACGACGGUAG